CGCGCGCGUAGCGCAGUGCUUCGCGCCCCCGGAGCAUCUCCAGGAGGAGGAGGGGGAGGAGGAGGGGGACCCCCCCACCCACCCCAUCUCUCCUGGGCCAUGAGGGGGUGAGGCCGGGCGGGCCACCAUGCCGAAGCCCCAGCGUCCGGGGGAAGGGACGGGCAUCUCGGGGCUGGGGCCCGGAGGGAGCCGGGAUGAGGAGCAGCAACAGCAGCAACAGCAACAGCAGCAGCUGCGGAGGAAGAUCAACAGCCGCGAGAGGAAGCGCAUGCAGGACCUGAACCUGGCCAUGGACGCCCUGCGGGAGGUCAUCCUGCCCUACUCGGCCGCCCACUGCCAGGGAGCCCCCGGCCGCAAGCUGUCCAAGAUCGCCACGCUGCUCCUGGCCCGGAAUUACAUCCUGCUCCUGGGCACCUCCCUGCAGGAGCUGCGCCGGCUCCUCGGAGAGGUCAGCGGGCCCGGGCCUCGCCUGCUGCUGGCCGGCCUGCCCCUCUGGGCCGCCCCGGGCUCCGUGCUCCUUCACACCCCCGGACCCCAGCCGGAGGGCUCCCCGGCGGCGGCGGCCGCGGCCGCCAGGCCCGCCAAGUACCUGUCGCUGGCCCUGGAGGACCAGGCCGGGCCCUGCGGGCCCUUCCCGCUGCCCGGAGGGGCCGCCCUCUGCACCUGUGCCAUCUGCAAGUUCCCGCACCUCGUGCCCUCCGGCCUCGGCUUGGCGCCCUUCUCCAAGUGAGGGGGGCGGGGGGAGGACGGGGGGGAUGGCCGCUGUCCGUUCUGACUAGCCUGUCUCUAAUAAUAAUCAUCAUCGUGGUACUUGUGAAGCGCUUUAUUAGGUGCCAAGCGCUCCUCUGGGCGCUGGGGUAGAUGUGGGGUCAGCGGGUUGGUCCCCCGUCCCUGUCUCGCAUGGGGCUCAUCAUCGUGGUCCUUGUGAAGCGCUUUGUUAGGUGCCAAGCGCUCCUCUGGGCGUUGGGGUAGAUGUGGGGUCAGCAGGUUGGUCCCCCGUCCCCGUCUCGCAUGGGGCUCAUCAUCGUGGUCCUUGUGAAGCGCUUUAUUAGGUGCCAAGCGCUCCUCUGGGCGCUGGGGUAGAUGUGGGGUCUGCGGGUUGGUCACCCGUCCCUGUCUCGGAUGGGGCUCAUCAUCGUGGUCCUUGUGAAGCGCUUUAUUAGGUGCCAAGCGCUCCUCUGGGCGCUGGGGUAGAUGUGGGGUCAGCAGGUUGGUCCCCGUCCCUGUUCUGCAUGGGGCUCCCUGUCAUCAUCAGGGUACUUGUGAAGCGCUUUUUUAGGUGCCAAGCGCUCCUCUGGGCGCUGGGGUAGAUGUGGGGUCAGCAGGUUGGUCCCCCCGUCCCUGUCUCGGAUGGGCCUCAUCAUCGUGGUCCUUGUGAAGCGCUUUAUUAGGUGCCAAGCGCUCCUCUGGGCGCUGGGGUAGA